CAAAAUGCUGAUGGUUUUAUUGUUUCUAGCUUUACUAGAACUGGAUUUAGUAGCAGGGAUAGACUGCCCUGGGCAAUGGUAUGGUCGUGCCUGCAUGCAAAGAUGUAAUUGCAGGAACCAGAACAAUUGUCCAGCCUGUAACAACCAAUGUUCUGCGGGUUUCUUUGGAAGAGAGUGUCAAUAUAGCAACACCGUUGAAGAGGAGAACUCCACUGUUAGUUACCACAUAGUCAACAAAACGUUCCUGAAUCACAGGUCCCCCCAUUCAACACUGAAGAUUGACUUUGGCUUGCAGACGUUUUUCACUUGGAUGGAGAUAUGUUUCAGCAAAAAUGAUACCAUCGACCAUGAAAGUAUGUCUCUGAAUUUCAGUACGUCGCCAGGAGAGAAUGUAAGGUCUGCGAAGAGCUGUGGUCACGUGUAUAAACUUGUGCAGAAGAUCCCAGCUUGCGUGGUACUGCGCUGUGAGCACUAUCUUCUGGUCAGCAAGGUGCUGGUCUACUGGAAAGGCUUUAAAAAUGUCGUCGCCCUGCAUGUCAGUGGAGGGGUCAAUGUCGCCUUGAAGCAGCGAGUGCUGAUUGGCAGAAGACCGGAUACCACGCCAGGCAGGCAACACCCAGUUCUGGGAGUGGUAGACCAGCAAGUGAACACAAGUGUUACGUCGUACUCGCAAGGUGGCCAGGAACUUCCUUACUUCAUCGUGGUUCUAAGAGAGUCAGUUUGGAUCCAGAGAAUCGUCAUAGAAUCUGCUCUGUUUCCUGUGCUGAACUUUAAAGUGCAACUUUUUGAUGAACGAAACAAUGCAACGAAUACGACCUACAGCUUCUUAGGUCAUAGUUCAAAGUCUAGGGGUUAUAAGCACGCCUUUGUUUCCACAAGGAUGACUGCUUCUAGAAAAGUUGUCAUUCACGGAGUGGCUAAUGACACUAGUGGAUCGCUGACAUUGACAGAGAUUUUUAUCUUUUCAGAAUGUCGCCCUCACAAGUUUGGUCCUCUGUGCAAGGGGUCCUGCAGCAUCAGAUGUUUAGAUAUAGCAUGCCAUGUGAACGGAGAAUGCUUUCAGUGUUUGCCGGGAAUGAAAGGGGAACAUUGUUUGGAAAAAGAGUCUAAGAAUGGCAUGAAAGAGAACAGUGCCCAAGCUAGACGUCGGCUAGCAAUGCUAAAAGAAGACUUAACUCAUAAGAGUGACAAAAUGGUAGAUCGUGACCUCGCGGUCGUGUUCGGUGGAGCUUUCUUUUUAAUAGUUCUUCUAUGCAUGGCAUACUUCAUAACUAAUGCCAUGUUUUCUACAGCGGUCUUUUCCCGUGCUACAGACGCCUCUCAAGAUUCCAUUCAGACUAUUCAAACCAAAAGUCACCUAACAGUCGACCAUUAUGUAAAAAACAAAAAACUUCUCACGUCCAAGUCUUCCUUUGAGUCCAAUUCUUGAUGAUGUAUAAAACCAUAACUGUUCUAUUGUGUACGCCAGGAUAAACAUACUGUAUCAUUUAUUGCUAAUUAUAUAUAUAUAUAUAAAACUUGUUUUGAUAAUUAUAAAUGACUUUAAAGUGUUGGUGAAUCUGCAAUGGUAUCAUCUUAAAGAAACUUGAAUAUGAUGUUGAGCGCAGGCUUACAAUGUAUGCAUGGUGUGUGUGUCAUCUACGUGCAAGGAUAUGUGUAGAACUGUUAC